AUGUUGUUCGACCACCCUCACACUGCAAAGAUAGUGACGAUUUCCAUGCGCAAGGCAAUCCACGACUUUUUCGGCAUCAACGAAGUGGUUCCACUCAGCGCUGGGGAACCUCUGGCAAUGUUAGUUUCGGGUAUCACAAAUGAAGACGGCGAAAUGUGCCUGCAGGUCGAGGGCGGUCUGUACAAUCAAGAUGGAGCGGCAGUCACCCUCGACAGCUGUGCAAGUGCGUUUGCUGCUGGCGACGGACGAGAACUGUGGAGGACAAAUGCGAAUCAGCAGUUCAUCGCCGCAAGGAGCAAGCCUCCCAAAUGCCUGACACUUCAGGACGGCAACACUGCGGACGGAGGCAGCGUAGUGCUAGUUGACUGCUUGCUUGCGUUGGAGGAGGCUGAUGGACGAUCCAGUUGGACUGUGGAACCCAACUCGCAAUUCCGCCUGCAGAAAUCUGGCUACUUCUGUUUGACUCAAAAGGAUAUCCAUGGCAACCAAGCUGGUGUAGGAGACAUUGCGAAGUCCUUCAACGCGGCAGCAACAUGCUCCAGUGUUGCUGAUUCCAAACAUAUGCCCAUGAACGCUGUCGACGGCGACCCAACAACAUAUUGGGCUUCCGAGGCAUUUGGCGAUGCAAAUCCUCAUCCAGUGGACUUCAGCGUCAACUUAGGCAAGCCUGCACGAGUUUCUGGUGUUCGCAUCGACUGGGAGUACCCUGCUCAAGCCUAUCGAAUUGACGGCAGCCUCGACGGAACCGCGUUCAGCGAGCUGGCAAGCAACAUGGCUAACCCAUCAAAUUCCACAUUAGAAGUGUUCGCAGGCAGCGAGGCUCAGUUCCUUAGAAUAGCUCUUCUACAGCCCCAUUCCAAGAAUGGAAAAGUUGGCGACAAAUAUUUCUACGGAAUCAGGGACGUCGAAGUUCUCGCGAACCGACUUCAGACAGUCGUUGGUGAUUGCAGAGAGGCAGCAAACUCGAACGAUGCUAGGGACAAGUAUUUCGUCGAGUCAACAUCCACAUUUGAUCCAGCAUUCGCUGACAAGAUUUCGUCUAUUGAUGAUGAUGUCCUUGAUAGGACUGAGGCCUUGGACAAGAAGACAAACGAACUGCGUAAUGUUCUUCCCCAUGCAAAGGCCUGCCUGUCCGAAAAGCAGGAGUACGAGGGACGGAUUGUCAAAUCAGCAGCUGAGUCCGCUUCAAUAGUGGGGCAGCACGACCAAUUCACGGAGAUGCAGACGUCCAAUCAGCCGAUUCACAUGGAGUUGAGUCCCGGUAAUAUUUCAAUGCGGAUUCACACCCGAAAUGUCCCUACAUUCGGUUUAGGCGAUUCUGCAAGCUAUCCUGCUGAAGAUUGCUAUGCUGUGAAGAGCCAAGACCCAUCGGCGGCAUCCGGCUUCUACUGGGUCUUACCACGCUGUGCACCGGAGCCUCUUCGAGUAUACUGUGACAUGAAGACAGCCACUUCAAUGUACUUCUGGCAUGGAACACCAGGAGCAAAGCCAGGAGGAAGCAUUAAUGACAAGGUUAAUUCCCUGGCAAGUCUCCGUCUGCGCUGUGCUGAGGUGGGGUUAGAGCCACUUGUUUUACGGUCUGCUGAUCACCUCCAAGCAAUCAAAGAUGCAACUGAACUCAUAGGAUAUGGUGACUCCGGUGUCAUUCCUCUAGCAUAUGAUUACGGAUGCCUGAAUGGCCACUGUACGGGCAGUUUCAGAGACUUGUAUUCGGGUAGCACAGACCUCACGGCUCUGCUGAUGUCCCAGUCUUCGUUGAGCACCGAGCUCGGGCGCAUGACCCCUGCUGCAGGUGUUGGACUAGCCGGGAAAAAUACGUCGUAUUUUGACAUGGAUCUUUCCGAUAUCGCCGCCGUUGUGUGUUCGACAAACGCGAUGGAGGGCGAGGAUGUCCUGCCUCAUGUCGAUAUCCCGUGUGAUGCUACCGCGGAAGAACAUGAAGCAUUCAGGGGAAUCAUAAACACUAAUGUGGUAGUUGAGUGUCCGCCAGGUUGCGAGGAACAUUCAACCCUCCCUGUCUACGGCAGCGGAGGUGUGUACUCGGACUCAAGUUCGGUGUGUCGUGCUGCGAUUCAUGCUGGUGUAAUCAAGUCGGGAGGUGUUGUGAACAUUUCCCUAGAGUCACCAAGGGAGUCCUACGAGGGAUCAACUAGGAACGGAAUUAAAUCAGCUGCGUUGAAUACGCCGAAUAACGUGGAGUUGGUAGAUCUUGUGAUGGGAGAGGCCCUUCGGGGAGAGCUUCCCAGCCGUUCUCGGGGUGUCGCUUUCCGAAGCAUCCGCGUUGGACCGGUCGCCAAGGAUUGCCCGAUCGAAGAAUUCGCUGCUCCAGCCUCGUCUUUUCUCGAGCUGACCUCGUCCUCUAACUUAGAAUCAACAGCUGAGGCUUCCGAAACGCCCAACGAGAAGCAGGAAAAUGUCAUGCUGGAUCCUUCCGUUGCUCUCGUCAUUAGACAGAUGCUGCAACAGAUGGAUGCGAUUCAUGGCGUGGACCCUGCAACGGUCUUCGCAGCCCAAAGUCAAGCAGCGGAAGCUGUCCGCGAAAUAAAAAAGUACCUGAAGUCUGCUGAGGUGCUACAAAGGAAGCAAGCUGCUCGAACUGAAGAGCUGUACCUCGCCGGCGAAGAUCUUAUGACCAAGAUCUUGGCGGAAGCGGGUCGCUACUUCAACGGCCUGGAGGAGCUUUACGUCGAGCUGGAAAGGGCGGAGGAACAGAGACUCGAGGAAGCUGGUUUUUCAUCAUUCGAACUAAACUACGAAACAAUGCCAUUUUCCCAAACAUUUGCCGUCUACGACACUCUUCGGGUUAAAAAUGGACCAAGCAGCUGGGGAUACUCCGAAGAUACAGUGGCGGGUCACAGGAACAUGAUAGUUCAAACGUCAGCAAUCAUCGGGUCUCACGAUGGAGAUGGUACAUUCGCAAUGCUGAAGGGUCAUCGAUUCUUCGACUUCAUUGCCCAAGCCGACCUCUACGCUGUCGGCUCUGGAAGCAUCGGGGUGUCUUUCCGUAUGAGAGAUCCGAAUAACAUGUUUCUGUUCGAAGCCAAUAGGGAGCGAGGCUACAAACGGCUGAUACGCAUCGACAGUGGGGAUGCAGUCAUCAUUGCACAACGAGAUGAUGGAGGAUAUGAAGGUGGAACGUGGUACCGCGUUAGGAUCGAAACAACACACGGAUAUAUUAAGGUGUGUUUCGGCGAUGCCAACGGCAGCCUGCAGAAUAUUUUCUAUGUCCUGGACGAGCGUUUCCUCUCCGGCUCCAUUGGCCUGUAUUCCUCUGGAAUGGAUGGUGGCUUGUUCUUCGACAACGUCCGCAUCAAGGCAAAGACCUGCUCCCAUAUUUCUAGGGAAGCCCCUCCUCUUCCUCCGCGGUGUGCCCGCUUCAUAGAAAUGUACCUUGAGCGUCCGGAAGCCCUUUACGAGGUUCCGGUACUUGACGGCGGUGAUACGAAGCCUCUUUGGCAGUAUAAGGCUCAUGUGGCAGGCAGACGGAGAGUUCUCCAGCCUCAGGGGCUGGUGGUUGAGGAUUCCUCCCCUUCGAUGGUUGUUUUAAAGUCGCCGAAAAUAUGCAAAGACGGAAACUACUCGUUCGACUUCUAUCACGCAUGCCCCGAUGGCACUGUUGGGGCUAUUUUCCGCUUUCACUCCCCAGAUCGUUACCACAGUGUACAAGUGACGGGCUCUCAAAUUAACUUGUCGCGGACGGAGAACGGCGUCAAGAAAACACUAGCAAGCAAGGCCAUCACGCCUCAUACUGGACAAUGGAAUAGGGUGGAGCUUCAAUUCCAUGGACCUGACGUCGUGGUACUUUUGAGUGCUGGUAAUGGUCACCAAGAGGCCUUAAAGGCGAAGCUUCCGGAUGAAGGCGAUCAUGGCCAAGUUGGGCUCUUGAGCGCACACUGCGACCACCACGCUUUUGAUCGGCUUUCUCUGUCGCCUCCCGAAACCAUUGAAGAGGCAACAAACGUGGCCGAAUCCAGAAACAAAAAAUCAUGGGGAGUGUGUCCGGAAUCUGUCCACUUGUUGCAACGCCGAGAUGCAUGCGAGGCAAUGGCCCCAAAGAAGUCAGGAGCGCAGAUCGAGUGCAUCAGCAAGUUCUGCGACCAGUGUUGUCAAUACCACACCGCUUUAGUCGGUGACGGUGAAAAGGACAUCUGCCUAGUCGAAUGUCUUAAGAAUGAGAAGACAGCCGAACGUCUUCAAACCAACUUUAUAGGCAAACUAAAACAAUGCACAGACGUUAACGGUGAUGCAUUCAGUCAUUGCACGACGGAGGACCCCACCUGCGCACUGGAGGCGUGUCACUUCUGCUGUACGACAAGUGAAGGAGCAGAAGACGUCAAAGGUGUUCCCAAGGCACUCGUCAACGGUUUGAAUGCAGCAGAAACUGAGGAAUGCAAGUUUCAGUGUAACCGUUCGUUUAGCUGAAAAUCUGCGUUUUGAAAUCUUGACCUGUAUUAUCGAGUUCUCGCACCCACACCCUUUUGACUAAGCGAGCGAAUUCACCGUAUUCUAACUCGGCCGCAUAGUUCUCAGGCUUGGGAAUGGAUUUUGGUUGCUGAAAACGAUCACCAUGUGCUCCCAAGAGAUGUAACCCUGUAGUUAAGGAAAAAAGACGAAAGUAAUCCGGAGAUGUAGCGACCCACACAUUACAGUUAUAAAACCUACAAACGCGUUUUA